CAAAACAAAAAAGAAACAAGAAACGGAGGAGGAGGAGGGGCUUACUCUACCACCAGUGCCUGGGGUGUCGCGCCGCCAGGGUCCACACCCGCGGCCCACGCACCAGGCGUUGCAGUGGCGUGGCGUGGUAUGGCAUGGCGCUCAAGACAGAUGAUGCGUACCAUCGCCUCAUCAGCCAGCAGCGACGCAGGUGCGGUUUAAGUUACAGACCCGAGGCCUGGGGGCUGAGGUUUCUUCUACCAGGCGCGGAGACUCGGGCUGCGAGAUGCCCGCAUCGUUAGUGGCGGAUCAACCCCACGUCCACCCUGUGAGCACAUAAACACGCGCAUUGAGAUUUGUGAAGGGACAGGAACCGCCGACGGCGAUAAUUCAAAGCAGGACGGACGAGCGGAACCCAUCACCUGACUUGGGGGGCUCGGUGACUCUCCCCCUAGUUUCUCGUUACCACGUUGAAUUGUACAGGGUGUACCGACAAUCGCCCCUGUGCUUCGUUCCCUCGAAGUCCAGAUCCAAGUCCUGUUCCGCAGGGCUAUAAUAAUCCGGCUCCCUUGCACGUCGGAGGAAUGUGAUCACGGGUGUGGGGUAGAUUGCACUCGGCGAAGUGUAGGGGGAUUUCUCGAUAUAGUAUACAACGUGGCUCACCGGUGGUCGAGGUCGGGAGAGCAGAGAGACUGAGAGUUGCCAGAGACAGAAGGCAGUGAGGAGGUUUCGAGUGGUGAGUCGUGGAGCUUGAUUGUUGCGGGGACUCGAAGUUGCUGGUCCUUUUUGGUGGGAGAGAAUGGCGAUGCACUACUAUAGCAACUGGAAGCCCUACAUGGGCGUUAUUAACUCGCUUCAGGAAGACGAUUCGUUGCUUGAUUGGUGGUUUUAUCCCAACAAAUUCUACCUCCCUGAUGUUCGGGCGGAGACGGUGAAGGUGGAUGGUAAUGGGGACGGCAAGGGAGAUGGCAAGGGUAAGGGAAAGGGUAAGGGAGGAGAGAAAUCUGGAGAUGGAGGUGGAGACAGCAAAGGCAAGGGAGGUGGAGAGAACAAGGGAAGUAGCGGGGAUGGUAAGGGAGAUGAUAAGGGAGAUGGUAAGGGCAAGGGCAAGGGCAAGGGAGGCGACCAAAAACAAGACAACAAGGGGCCGAAGAUCAUGGAGUUGCAGGUGGACCUGUGCUGCGAAGCGUGCGGCUAUAAAGUGAAAAAGAAGAUUAUGAAGUUGGAAGACGUUCAAACCGUCGUGGUUGAUGUCGUGGAGAAGAGGGUAACAGUGAAGGGAACAGCAAAGCCGGAGGCCGUGCUCAAGCAGGCACAAAAGGUGAAGAGCGCCGUGAUGUGGCCUCAGAAGAAGUAGCAUGAGCAGAAGAAGAAGAUCUAGAGAACCUUUAGACUUGUUGGUCAAAGAGUUUGCACAUUAGCAUAUUCCAGCUUUGACAAGUGGAGCUUAAGAAAUUAGCAAUAUCCUGCAGACCACUUUUCAGUUACCUUCUCAUUAUGAGGUACUGAAACAUUAUGACACUGGCUUCAACAGACAUAUUGUCUAAAGAAGUAAUCGUUGUGAAGAAGGCACGGAGUGGUCGGAUGAGAACUUCCAGGCUAAUUCAACAAACAAAAGUUGUAAGACAGGAACAAACACAACGGAUAGCAUCACAUGCAGCCGUAUAUAAAAUUCACUCUACAGGACGGUAAAUUACUCAGCUCUAACACGACUUUCUCCAAUAUAUACUAAAUUUGCAUACAUCUGUAUGUAAAAAAUCGGUUGCUUUGCGGUAAAUUCGCCAUGCAGUCUUCUCUA